AUGAAGGAAAUGGCAGGACAGGCCGAUGCCGGCAGUGAGGACAAGUGCCCCGUCGACCACAAGACGCGCGAGCUGUGGUUGCAACAAGCAAAGCAGGCAAAGGCCGCACAAGAGGCCGCGGCCGCGGCGGGUGGUGGCUCGACAACACCAUCGCCAGAGAACGCAUUCACGACGCCAGUAGUAGCACCACCAGCAGCACCAGCAGCAGUCCAGCAACCACCAGCGACCAUUCCCAAAUCCCAGAUUCCCCAGCCGGCGCAACAAACAGCAGUACCCGCGGCGCUUCCUUCCUCCUCGCAACCAUCGUCAUCAUCAUGGUCCUCAUGGAUCCCCUUCUCCGGCUCUUCCUCCACAGCAACAACCAGUGCCCCCGCCGCUGACCUCGGCGAACACCGCGAAAUCUCCUCCAUCCCCCGCGCCGCCACCACCGGCCCCUCCGCCUGCCCCUCCAACGCCGAGCAAGAGACGGGCGCCGACACGGCGACGGGCAACUGGGUGUACCCCUCGGAGAAGCAGUUCUACGAAGCCAUGAAGCGCAAGGGCCACGACGGCGCCAGCGCCGCCGACAUGAAGACGGUGGUGCCGAUCCACAAUGCGGUGAACGAGCGGGCGUGGGCGGAGAUCCUGCGGUGGGAGAAACCAUUUGUUGAAGGGUGCGGGUGUGCGGAGGGGCCCAAGCUGCAGAGCUUCAUGGGCGAGAGCAAGCGGAUGACGCCCAAAGCCAGGCUGAACACCCUCCUGGGGUACACGGCGCCGUUCGAUAGGCACGAUUGGAUCGUGGAUCGGUGCGGCACCAGGGUGGACUAUGUGAUUGAUUUUUAUGCGGGGAGGAAUAAUGAUAAGGCGGGCGCGGGGAAGCUGAACUUUUACUUGGAUGUGAGGCCCAAGUUCAAUACGUGGGAGGGCGUCAAGAUGAGGGCGCUGAGGGCUGUUGGGUUGAACUAA